AUGUCGGAAUACGGCUCACCAACAGCAGCAUCUGCAGCGUCACACUUUUCACCAUGUCAUUUUCAGAAAAGACUUGACCCUGAUAAGACACCAUGGCAGCUCGACAACGUUGGCCUGCAUACAGACCUGGGGCUGGGAGAACAUAUUCCGACGCCUUCCUUCCUCCUCCGAUUACACCAAGAAACCGAGCGCUUCAUGACUUAUCUGGCGGUGAAGAGAGAGGGUCGCGGGACUGUUCUGGAGCUGGGCUAUCUAAUAUGGUGUACUUGUGGAAUACAGUGGUGA